AUGGCGUCUCAAGCGGAGAACUGGGUGUGGUUGGCGGUAGUGUUGCUGAUCGCAUCACUACGAUUUAUCUCUCGGGUGCUGCAAUUGGGUGUACCUCGGAAUCUCCAGAUGGAAGAUCUCAUAAUGGGGCUGACGGUGGUCUUUUAUAUUCUACUGACAGUCUUCCUGGGUGAGGUUGAUCGUCAUGGGACCAACGGCAUUCCCAUGGAUCAAAUCGAUACCUUGGACAGAGCAACUAUACCAGACCGCAUCAAGGGAAGCAAACUAGUCAUUGUGGUAGAGCAGAUGUGGCUGCUUGUUGUCUGGGGAUGCAAAUACUGUCUGCUGCUUCUAUACUCGACCAUGACAUCCGGUCUUUGGCAACAUCGUUUCGUCAAAAUCAUCGGCGCCUUCUGCGUCUUCAGCUUCGUCCUCAUCGAGAUCCUCUUCUUCGCCGCCUGGUGCCGCCCUUUCUCAGCGUACUGGUCCGUCCCGCCAAAGAACACCCAGUGCUCCGUCUACACAAACCACCUCAUUCUCGUCCUGUCCCUCAAUAUCUCAACAGACCUCAUGAUCAUGGCCAUCCCGUUCCCCCUCCUCCUCAAAGCGAGGCUCAACCUCUCGAAGAAAAUCAUCCUCUGCGCCAUCUUCAGCCUCGGCAUCUUCGUCAUCCUUUGCUCUAUUCUCUCGAAAUACUACUCGCUCUCCCAGCCCUACGGCAGCAGAUGGGUCGACUGGUACGUCCGCGAGGCAGCCACCGCCGUCGUGGUCACGAAUAUGCCGCAGACGUGGACGCUGUGCCGCCGCCUGUUCAACUGGAAGUCCUUCGCGCACACGUCCUAUGCUCGCUCCCAGAACAAAUAUGCCACUCACGGUGACCGGUCGACCGUUCAACUCUCGAGAUUUCGAGCCGAUAAGUCGCUGGUCCGCUCGGGGGUUGAUCCGGCGGAGUCGGGCGAGUACUUCCCCCGGGAGCAGCCGUUGGAGAUUUGGGCGCAUCGCCAGUUCCAAGUUACGGAUGAGGUGGAUGAGGGCAGGAGACAGAGCUCGAGCCGGAGUAGCGGUAGUCUUGAGUUUGCCCCGGCUGCGGUGCAGAACGGGCCGUUGAAGGUUACUGUGACUACGGCUUCAUGA